UCACCAACAAUCUUCGUUUUAAGUUCGACUCCUUCACAUCUGUUCAAAAUGUCAACGUCAUCGUCGUCGCCGGAGUACCAAAAGUACACGCACUUCGUGGUCAGCGCCCCGUCCGCUGGGGUAGCGCACGUGGAGAUCAACCGGCCCAAGAAGCUCAAUGCCUUUGCGCGCGACGUCUGGCUCGAGUUUGGAGCGGUGUUUGAGCAGCUGAGCGCCGACGCCGACGUGCGGGCUGUGGUGCUGAGCGGCGCGGGGGAUAAAGCGUUCACGGCCGGGCUGGACGUGGUGGACUCGAGCGGCAUGUUUGAGCAGAAGGGCUUGUCGCGGGACGUGGCGAGGAGGGCGAAGGCUCUGAGGGCGACGAUUGAGGAGUUUCAAGUUUGCGUUGGGGCGAUGGAGAAGUGUGAGAAACCUGUUAUUUGUGUGCUACAUGGUGUCUCGUUCGGACUGGCUAUCGAUAUUGCCACUUGUGCUGAUAUACGCAUCUGCGCCGCCAACACCCGAUUCUCCGUGAAGGAGGUGGACAUUGGCAUCGCUGCGGACGUCGGCACGCUGGCCCGCCUGCCCAAGGUUGUGGGAUCGACCUCGUGGGUCAAGGACGUCUGCAUGUCGGCGCGGGAGUUCUCAGCGCAGGAGGCAUUGUCGGUGGGAUUCGUCAGCGCCGUGCACGAGGACAAGGGCAAGGCGGUGGAGGCGGGCCUGGCGAUGGCGGCGCGACUGUCGGAGAAGAGCCCCGUGGCGGUCCAGGGCACCAAGGAGCUGCUCAAUUACGGGAGGGACCACGGGACCGUGGACAGCCUUCGUUAUACAACUAUUUGGAACUCGGCGAAUGUGCAGAGCGAGGACUUCCAGAAGGCUCUGCUGAGCGGUCUGAAGCGGACGAAGCCGACGUUUGAGAAGUUGUAG